ACUAAUAGCAUCGUGAAAAAAGAAAGGGGAGAGGGGGAGAGAAAAGAAAAAAAAACCGUACCUUCUUUUCUUUCUCUUCCUCUUCCUCCGGCCAUUCACCAUGUCGCUGCCGCAUAAACCUGAUUACUCCGCCACCAGCGACGACGACAUGCUAGAGGAGCGGUUCAACCAGAACAGAGGUUGCAACUGCUUCUGCAUCCCGUGCUUCCAGCGAUGCUACAGGGGGUCGCCACACUGGGAGGGGAUACGGUCGGAGAAGAAGGAGCAAUGGUGGAUGCGAUGCUAUAAGAAGGUGCGAGAGUGGUCGGAGAUUUCGGCGGGACCGAAGUGGAAGACGUUCAUACGGCGGCUGAACUACGGCGGAGGAGGAAGAGACCGCCCGUACAUGAAGAACGGAGGGUUCCACUACGAUCCAAUGAGCUAUGCGAACAACUUCGACGAAAGCGCGGUUAAAAACGACGAUGACGCAGUUGCCGCGAUCUCGUUUUCUGCUCGAUACGCUUCCCUUCCGAACUCUGCGAAGUCGUCCAUGGAUCUCGGUAAGGACGCGCCGGAUUUUUCGUGAUUGUCACGUGCCGUCUGAUGGGGAGGAGAAGAGAAGGGGGACGGGAGAGAAGUCGGUUAGUUUUAUUUCUUUUUUUAUUAUUAUUUAAUUUAUUGUAAAUUGUAAAUUUAUAUGCUGGGAAUAAAAAAUUAAUACAGUAGUGAGAAUGAGAAGUUUGUGUAGUACGUAGGUACGAGAGUUUGAUAUCAAAAUUGUCCCGACAAAGUUCGGUGGAAAAUAUAUCAUUGGAUUAAUCAGCU